UGAAUUCGCGCCGGCACCAAGAUUAGACGCCUUUUUGGUAAAACGCGGGAGUUUUUGACUGUAACAAAAAACAUAGCGAGCCCCUUCCGCAACUUAAUUGGAAAAGUUCUUUAUCUCUUACAGUCGUUGAAAUGUAGAGCUUUCUCCCUGACACGGAUUUGAAUUAAAAGUUUCCUUGACUCAAUAUAUAUUUGUGAAAAAUAAUGAAAACAAUGAAACUGACGGGAAUUCUGUGUUAACUUUGGCUAUUAAUAAAACGAACCGGGUCCUCAAGAGAAAAAGGGUUUUCUUUUAGAGAAAAUUUCAAUGAAAUAAAGUUUCGAAGUAUUUUCGGUGCGGGAAGAAUGGCGCUUAGUUCGUUAAAUCCAUCAAACAUGCUUGGGGAGCUUGGCCGGCUAGCCAGUUGGUUGAAAGGCGACUGCCUUGCUCCCGAAGAGUAUGCUGGUCUUGCUGUCACUGAGAAGUUGGAAAAUGUGCAGCUUCUGGAUAAAUACAACCUGCGGAACCCGUCGAAGGGAACCUUGUACUUCGCGACCACGCACCUUAUAUUCGUGGACCAUGAGAUGAGGAAGGAGACAUGGAUUCUCCUGAUGCACAUAUCAUCGGUGGAGCGGCUGCCGAUCACGACCACCGGUUCCCCGCUCCUGGUGAGGACCAAGACCUUCCAGUCGGUGUUCUUCGUCAUCCCUCGAGAGAGAGAUUGCCAUGAGAUGCAUCAAACGCUACUCAGGUUGAGCCAACCAGUUCACAUCGAUGAGUUAUACUGCUUUUUCUACAAAUCGACUCCGGAUGACCUGCCUAAGUCGGCGGGGUGGAACUUCUUCGACAUCCAGACGGAGUACCAGAGAAUGAAUGUGCCUAACGAUCAAUGGGUGCUCUGCACAGCUAAUAAGGAUUACGAGCUAUGCGACACAUACCCAAGCGAGGUGUACGUGCCGGCGCGAGCGUCGACAGCCGUCCUGCUGGGCAGCGCCAGCUUCAGGUCUCGCGGCCGCCUGCCCGUGUUGGCGUACCUACACCACAAUAAAGCGGCUAUAGCGCGCUGCAGCCAACCGCUCAGCGGCUUUUCUGCCAGAUGUAUGGAGGACGAGCAAAUGCUGGACCUAAUUAGACGGGCGAAUCCAAACUGCGGUUACAUGUAUGUCGUGGACACCAGGCCUAGAAUCAAUGCCAUGGUGAACCGCGCCGCGGGCAAGGGCUACGAAAACGAAGCAUUCUACGAGAACAUCAAGUUCCAGUUUAUGGGCAUUGGUAAUAUUCACGUCAUGAGGAAGAGCCUUCAGAAACUGGUUGAGACUUGUGAACAGAACACGCCGACUAUGUCGUCAUUCCUAAACGGUCUGGAGUCGUCCGGUUGGCUCAAACACAUCAAGUCCAUACUAGACACGUCGUGGUGGAUCGCUCACGCGAUAGAGAGCGGCGUGAGCGUGUGCGUGCACUGCAGCGACGGCUGGGACCGCACGGCGCAGGUGUGCUCGCUCGCCGCGCUCUGCCUCGAGCCGCACUACCGCACCAUCAACGGGUAUCAGGCGCUGAUCGAGAAGGACUGGUUGUCCUUCGGCCACAAGUUCACGGCCCGAUGUGGGCAUAUCGCUUGCGAUGGUCGCGAGCGUUCUCCCGUCUUCACGCAGCUACUCGACUGUACUUGGCAACUGUACAGGCAGAGACCUGAGGCAUUCCAGUUCAACGAGCGGUUUCUGCUGACACUACAUGACCACGCCCACGCGUGUCAAUACGGAACGUUCAUUGGCAACUGCGAGAAAGAUAGGCGGGACUUGAGGUUAUCGGAACGCACGUUUUCUCUGUGGGGGUACAUGGCGAGUCAUUUGAACGAGUAUAAGAAUCCUCUGUACAACCCCAAGUCUCACCCUGAUGUGUUGAAACCGGAUUUAGGAGCACAAAGUAUCAGGUUCUGGCGCGGCAUGUACUGCCGGCACGAGAGCGGCGUGCACCCGCGCGAGGCGCUGGGCGACCUGCUGCCCGCCGCCGUCGAGCACUGCUCCGCGCUCGACCACCACAUCAACUACCUCGCCAAGAGAAUAACAACGUUCAAGAACCUGCUAUCCGGUAAGAAGGCGGAUAAGAACAAAGAAACCGCCGUUGUUAACUAUCAAAAUGGGAACGUAGACUCCGUAGAGAUCGAGACCAAGACUGAAGCACUGCAGAUUGAUAACAAGUUAUUGUACGAGUCUGGCGGCACUCUGUCGGAGUUAGAGUGCGCGAACCAUGACCAUCCGCUGAAAGAAGUGACGCCGCCCAAACCCAACAAGAUACCGCUCAUCACUGAGAAGGCAAGUGACAGCAUACCAGCCAGCUUUGCGGUCUUGGAGAAAGAAGUGAACACUGUCGCCUUGGACUGGAAAAGUAUCAAGAAUGUUACCGAGUGCAGCUGCUCGACGCCUCUUGAUCAUUUCAGUAGAAAGCACCACUGCUGGGGCUGUGGGCGCUGCGUGUGCACGCGCUGUGUGUGUGCGCGAGCCGCCCUCCCCGCGCUCCUCGCGCCCCGCGCCGCCCCGCUCUGCGCCGCCUGCACGCCCGACACGCCCCGAGCGCACGAUAUAGUGACGCCAGCCAACUGAAACAUCAAUAAAUAAUUUUAGUCAAAUUAAGAUAGCUAGGUUAAAAACAUUUUCAAAAGUAUUGUAUAUUUUGUAUGUAAGGAUCCCCGAAUUUUCUUCUUUAAAAAAAUGAAAUUUUAUGUAUUCGUGAACGUAAGUUACCAGACAAUUGAUAUCGUUAAAAUGGUAGCAUUGAUAACAAAAAAAAAAACUAAAAAAAACAUUGUGCAACUGCGUGUUUCAUUUUAUGUUAAGACAUUUCAUUUCGAAUGAAAGGUGACGAAUGGAAGGCGAAAAUGAACGAAAAAUGAAGCGUCUUAUAUCAGAUUUAUUACUGGAUACAGGUUAUUUUUGCAUUUUAAUAAGCUAGUUAUGUCUCUCCAUAAGUAACUUAUAGAAUCAUACGUAUGAAAGAAAGUAAAAGUAGCCUAUGGUGGAUUUUUAUUAAAAAAAAAAAAAAUGGCAUAAUUAUGUCACAUACCAAUAUCUAAUCGCAAAAAACGGAUUUAAAUUCCUAUGUCUUUAGUAACAGUAGAUGCAAUAUUGUGCCGGUUUCUGAGCUCUUUUUCUGGUGUAUUAUCUUUUCUUUUUUUUUCUCUUAAAAAUGGUCAUGAAUUAAGAUAGUCAUUAUUCUUGUUUCAUUAUACCUAAUAGCAAAUGUGACGUUAUUGACCUUAAGUUAUAUUGUUAAAAUGUUUAAUUUAUGAACAAGAAUUUCUUUUUUUACGUGAGUCUUGAAAACUAUGUAUGUAUGUGUAUGUUUAGUUACAAGUUUUCCAUAGUUUUUUUUUAUAAUCGCCACAUAGGUAAUUGCAUUUGACAAUAUUUUAAUUCGAGGAAUAAUCCUUACUAUAUUAAUAUUAUAAAUACGAAAGUAACUCUGUCUGUCUGUUAGUUAUUCACGUCUAAACCACUGUACUGAUUUUAAUAACAUUUGGUACAGAGACAGAGUAGACCUUGAGAAAUAACAGGAUAGUUUUUAUCCCGAACUUUUGAAGAAUUCUCUUGGAAACGCGAUAUAACCGAACUCUACGUGGGCGGAAGCUAUUAUUCAAUGAAAAAACAUUUUUGUAAUUUCUCAAAAACUGUGUCUGUCCCGAACCAUUCCACCUUUCCUUAUGUUAGCUUUUAAUGAAAGUUCAAACACAUAUAUUUAUAUAAUUUGUAGAUAAUUAUAAAAUAAGAAUAAUGUAUAUUAUGUACAUUUGUUAGGAAGAAAUCAUAUGCUUGUAAAUAAUAGGUUAAAAGUUUAGUAAUGUAAUCAAAAAUCAUAAAUAUUAUGUUGAAUUAUUGUAUAGUUUAAAAUAUAUAAUGUAUAUCAGUG